AAGGUGCGUGAUAAGCUAAACAACAUGGUGCUGUUCGAUAAACCGACCUACGACAAACUGUACAAUGAGGUGGCCAACUCUAAACUGAUCACACCCUCGGUGGUGAGUGAAAGGCUAAGAGUUCGAGUGUCGUUGGCAAAGGCAGCCCUUCGAGAACUGUACAAUAAAGGUCUUAUUAAACAAGUGGUGAAGCACAGCAGUCAACUUGUUUACACGAGAACAACCAAGUCAGAGAAAGAAGAAGCGGCUGAAUGA